AUGGACAACCCAUACCUUGCUCAUCUACCCCCUUCUCAGCGUGGCUCCGGUUCGUCUAAGGCUAAAAUUGAUACCUCGGGAGACCCGCUAUUUGGCUUUCUGCCGAGGAAAGUCACCGGUAAACAGGCGCGUCAGGCUCUGGAACAUGAUAUCAAUCCAUUCACAAAGCAGCCACAUUCGGCCCAGUACAAGAGAAUCCUUGCCUCGCGAGAAAAGCUACCCGUGUAUUCGCAGAUGGAUGACUUUUUCAAGAUGGUGAUUCGUAUGCGCGUUGUAUUUGAGGAGUUCAAUGAGAAUCAGAUCAUUGUAAUAGUUGGUGAGACCGGAGCAGGAAAAACGACGCAAAUACCUCAAUUCGUUGCGUAUUCGGAUCUACCGCAUACAAAUGGCAAGCUCGUAGCAUGUACCCAACCUCGUCGUGUUGCAGCGAUGUCGGUAGCAAAACGGGUGGCGGAUGAAAUAGAUGUCCAGCUUGGUCGACACGUCGGUUAUUCGAUUCGAUUCGAAGACAUGACAGAGCCUGGUACAACUUUCCUUAAAUACAUGACCGACGGUAUGCUUCUCCGGGAAGCAAUGAACGAUCCGAACCUCGAGCGAUAUUCCACUAUCAUCUUAGAUGAGGUGCACGAGCGGACUCUUGCCACUGACAUCCUCAUGGGUCUCCUGAAAGACCUCGCAAAACGCCGGUCCGACCUCAAGAUCAUCAUAAUGUCCGCAACUCUUGAUGCUCUCAAAUUCCAAAAAUACUUUGGUCUUAUCGCUGGUACACCAGCGCCUCUAUUCAAAGUACCCGGCCGCACACAUCCUGUGGAGGUGUUCUACACUCAAGACCCCGAGCCCGAUUACGAGGAAGCUGCUAUCCGAACUGUCCUUAUGAUCCAUCGAGCCGAAGAGCCUGGUGACAUCUUACUCUUUCUCACCGGUGAAAAUGAAAUAGAGGAUACAUGCCGAAAAAUCAAGCUCGAAGCGGACGAUCUGGUAAACCGGAACCCAGACUCCGUCGGCUCCCUAGUUUGCAUACCUCUCUAUUCUUCCCUAUCCUCUCAACAGCAACAGCGCAUCUUCGACCCCGCACCAACUCCUCGAACACCCGACGGUCCCCCAGGCCGAAAGGUCGUUGUCUCUACUAAUAUUGCCGAGUCGUCCUUGACAAUAGACGGAAUCGUAUAUGUCGUUGAUUCCGGCUUCUCCAAACAGAAAGUCUACAACCCUCGGAUACGAGUUGAAAGUUUGCUCGUAAGCCCUAUAUCUAAGGCCUCCGCCCGACAAAGGGCAGGUCGUGCGGGUCGUACGAGACCAGGGAAGUGCUUCCGACUUUAUACGGAGAAGGACUUCAUGAAUGAGCUCGAAGAGCAAACCCAUCCGGAGAUUUUGAGGUGUAAUUUGAGCAAUACUGUCUUGGAGCUUGUCAAAUUGGGUAUCAAGGAUCUUGUACGUUUUGACUACAUUGAUGCUCCAGCUCCCGAGACGUUGAUGCGAGCUUUGGAGUUACUGAACUUCCUCUCUGCGUUGGAUGACGACGGUAACCUAACGGCACUGGGUAGUGUGAUGGCAGAGUUCCCGCUCGAUCCUCAGCUCGCAAAAAUGCUUAUCGUCAGCCCGGAAUUCAAGUGCAGUAAUGAAAUCCUUACUAUCACCGCUAUGCUUUCCGUACCGAACGUAUGGAUACGACCGCCAAAUGCACGUAAUCAAGCCGAUGCAGCGAAAGCCCGACUCACUGUCCCCGAUGGCGACCAUCUUACCAUGUUGAAUGUCUAUAAUCAAUAUGUUCAAAAUAAGUAUGACAAGACCUGGCUGUACAACCACUUCCUCUCUGCUCGAGCUCUCGCCCAGGCGGACAACGUCCGUGCACAGUUAGAGCGAAUCAUGGCCAAAUACGAGGUAGAACUGCUUUCACUCUCAGACGAGAAGAAACUGUACCAGAACAUUCGUCAAGUGCUUAUUUGUGGGUUCUUCAUGCAAGUAGCGCAUAAAGAGGGAGAAAAGGGAAAUUAUCUUACGGUGAAGGAUGACCAGGUCGUGGCACUUCACCCGUCCUGUGGCCUUAACACUCAACCAGAAUGGGUCAUCUUCAAUGAAUUUGUGUUGACGAAGAGACCUUACAUUCGUACGGUAUCCGAGGUUCGCCCUGAAUGGCUAUUAGAGUUUGCAACAAAUUACUUUGACCUAUCAACAUUUAGCGAUGGCGAGACCAAGCGGGCGUUGCAACGUGUGGUGAAUAAGAAAGCAGGCAAGGUCGGAAAGAGGAGUGACGACACGAAAGAACGAAGGCAAAAAGAAUUGAUUUCUCUCUUCAGUUGA